CUCCGCGGUGUUGUUGUUUGUGGGUUAACGCAGGCUGGCGGCGAGCGCUUCCGACUUAUUGCAACACGUUCACGCCGCAGAUCUCUUUGUGACCGCCAGCUGACAGGAAAAAUGUCAGAGAGCUCGAGUGAUGCCGAGUCGUCCUGUGGCUGGACGAUCAUCAGUAAUGAGGGUUCAGAUAUUGAGACCCUGGGACUGGAAAAUACACUGGAAUACGGGACUGAUCCUUUAGAGAGUCGUCCAGAUGUGGUGGCAGAGCUUCAGGAUCCCGCUGGUGUCUCUGGUGGAAACCAAACGCUCCCCUAUGCGCCUACUGAGAUCUGUGAAGCUGGGCGCAUUGAAGAAAGGGGCACUUCACCUGAUGAUACACUGAGAGAAGAAACCUUAGAAGAGAAAUGUUCAGACUCUGAGGCUGGAGAAGGCGCUGCCGGGAAGGGGCCUGUGACCCUGGGCUCCUCCAGUGACCACUCCGACAUCGUGACUUUAGGAGACCCGAAGGAGGAUGAGCACGUGUCUGCCGACGGAGACGAGGUGGCGGCGGCGGCUGCCGAUGAGUUCUACCUCGGAACCUCCUCCAGCAGCCAGUACACCUUCACCGCCGUGGAGACUGUGUUCCCGGUGCAGCAGAGCGUGCUGACAAAUUCCAGCAGCAGUGAGGAUGAGCUGGCGGGGACCUCCGGUACCGCGGUGCGGAGAAGAAGGGUGAGGAAGAACACCCUCUGCAACGUGGCAGAGCCUGAAGAGGAGGUGUUGGACUCUCCCCACACGGAGGAGGAAGAGCAGGAGGAAGAAGAGGAAGAGGAGGAAGUCACAGGGGCACAGCAGGUGGAGCAGGCACCGCCCGCGGUCCCUCCCCCACUGCAUGGCCACUUCAGCUGGACCCUCAACAGAUGCAUCCUCCUGGCUCUGGUCAUAGCCAUUAGCAUGGGCUUUGGUCACUUCUAUGGUACAAUCCAGAGUCAAGAGAGACUGAAAAUUGUGGCGAAAAACCGAGUAAAUGAGCUCGGUGUUACUCGGGAUCUGCUUCAUCAGCAUCUGAGAGACCAGCUCUUCUCCAGCCAGGAGGUGGAGGAGAUUCUUGGAGGUGACUUGGAUGAGGGUGACAUGGUGCAGACUCUGACAGAGAUAAUGGACCAGGUUACACAAGAAAAUGAAGAGCUUCGAUUCAAGCAGGUCCAGAUUCAGGCCCAGAGGGAUGACCUGGUCAUGAAGAUGAAACGCAUGGCAGAGGACAAGACAGAUAUUCAGUCUGAGCAACAGAAGCUAAAUGUUGAAAACCAGCUGCUUAGGAGCUCCCUGGAGCACGAGGAGAAGUCCCUGUUGAGUUUGCAGGAGGAGCUGAGGAGUCUGCACACAAAGAUCGGAGACCUCGAGGACAGGGGAGCCAGUGCUGACUCCUUACUGUCAGAAAACCAAAGGUUGAAAGAGCAGCUGGAGGAGGAGAGGAAGCUCAUCCGCAGCUUCCUAAACCAGCGGGAAGUAUCGACGGCUGAAGCCAAGACGCUGAGGAAGGACCUCGACAAGGAAAGGAAGAUUAUGGAGCAGCUGAGGAAGGAGAUGGAACAGCUGAGCCGUCAAAGUGCUGACGCAGAAGGAGAAGCCAAUUCUGAGACCGAGAAGCUACAGUCUCGCUUGCUGGAACUGGAGAAGAAACUGAUCUUUGAGCAACAGCGCUCGGACCUGUGGGAAAAACUGUACGUGGAAACCAAAAAUCAGGCCAAGGGAGACACUCAGCCAAAAGUUAAAAAAAGUAAAGAAGGCAUGAGCGGGAAGGUGAAAGAGACAUUCGACGCUGUGAAGAACUCUACCAAGGAGUUUGUCCACCAUCACAAAGAGCAAAUCAAGAAAGCCAAGGAGGCCGUCAAAGAAAACCUGAGGAAAUUCUCCGAUUCUGUCAAAUCGACUUUCCGCCACUUCAAGGACUCGGCCUCCACUCUGCUGAACAAGGCCAGAGGUCAGUCCUGUGGCAGGUGGUUCCAGGAGAGGGAUUCAAAGGAGCAGUGGCAGCACAGGGCCCACAGACCUCACCACAGACACCCACACAAACCCUCAGACAGUUUCUUCCAAAGCAACCACAACACCAGAAAAUCCGGGGGUAAAGUUCAGGAAGAUGAAGACAUACACCGACACAGAGCGGCCCCCAAAGGUUGCUCUGGGGUUUUUGACUGUGCCUACCAAGAAUCCAUGAGCCUCUUCAACAAAGCCAUGGAGCCGAUAAGAGCGGAUGAAUUCAACCAACUCCUUCAGAGCUACCUCCAGCAGGAAGUGGAUCACUUCCGCCACUGGAAGGACCUGGAGAAAUUCAUCAACAACUUCUUCCACAACGGGGUCUUCAUCCACGACCAAAUGCUGUUCACCGACUUUGUGAGUGGCGUGGAAGACUACCUGGAAGACAUGCAUGAGUACCACGGGCUCGACGACGAUGUGUUUGAAGAUCUCGACGAGUACGUCUACAGGCACUUCUUCGGAGAUGCUUACUCGAAAAACUACGGGCCAAGGCCCUUGGAAAGACCCGACUCCUACGUUAAAGAGGAGCUGCGGGUGAAACAUCAGCAGCCGCGGAAGCAGCAGAGGUCUCGGCCGCGGCCGCACAGAGACCGCAAGUGGAACAGAUCAGGGAGGAGCGCGGACCGACAUGUGGCUGACGUCAAAAUCGAAUUAGGCCCAAUGCCGUUCGAUCCUAUAUACUGAGAAA